CAGCCCGGCCUGGCGCCCGGCAUCCUCCGCCGCCCGGCCCCCGCGCUCCCCGCCUUUUAAAAGGACCUCCCGCCGCUCCCCCGCUACGCCCGGGAUCCCCCGGCCCGCGCGGCUCCCGCUUCACUUCGCAGCAACUUCGGCGGCCGCCCGCCGCCCGCCCUCGCCCGCCUUUGAAGUUUGCCGUGCCGACCACAAAGUUGGGACGCUCCGGCCGCCUGAAUUUUGCUCUUUUAGCUGCUCCGCCCGCGCGCCCCGGUCGCCUUGGUUCCCGGACACCGGCGCUUAGCAUCUCGGCCGGGCUGGGGACUUGGACUGUUUCGCACCCCGCACCUCAGGGAGGGACUUCUCCUCUCGCCCCGCGGAAAGACAAACUGAUCUUUCUGAGGAUGGUGCUGCUCCACUGGUGUCUGCUGUGCUUCCUGUUACCCCUUGGCUCAAGGACCCAGAAGUUACCCACCCGGGAUGAGGAACUUUUUCAGAUGCAGAUCCGAGACAAGGCAUUUUUUCAUGAUUCAUCAGUAAUUCCAGAUGGAGCUGAAAUCAGCAGUUAUCUCUUUAGAGAUACACUUAAAAGGUAUUUCUUUGUGGUUGAAGAAGACAAUACUCCACUAUCCGUCACCGUGACUCCCUGCGAUGCGCCUCUGGAGUGGAAGCUGAGCCUGCAGGAGCUGCCAGAGGAGACAAGCGGGGAGGGCUCAGGUGAUCCAGAACCUCUCGAGCAGCAGAAGCAACAGAUCAUUCCUGAAAAAGGCACCGAGUUAUUCUCCUACAAAGGCAACGAUGUUGAGUAUUUUAUAUCUUCUAGCUCCCCAUCUGGCUUAUAUCAGCUGGAGCUUCUUUCCACAGAGAAAGACACACAUUUCAAAGUCUAUGCCACCACAACGCCAGAGUCCGAUCAGCCAUACCCUGAAUUACCGUAUGACCCAAGAGUAGAUGUCACCUCCCUGGGGCGCACCACGGUCACUCUGGCCUGGAAGCCGAGCCCCACAGCCUCUUUGCUGAAACAACCCAUCCAGUACUGUGUGGUCAUCAACAAAGAGCACAAUUUCAAAAGUCUCUGUGCAGCGGAAGCAAAACUGAGUGCAGACGACGCUUUUAUGAUGGCCCCAAAACCUGGUCUGGACUUCAGCCCCUUUGACUUUGCCCACUUUGGGUUUCCUCCAGACAGUUCGGGCAAAGAACGCAGCUUCCUAGCAAAGCCUUCUCCGAAACUGGGGCGUCCCAUCUACUCGAGGCCCAAGGCUGACAUUCAGAAAAUCUGCAUAGGAAACAAGAACAUCUUCACCGUCUCUGAUCUGAAACCCGACACGCAGUACUACUUUGAUGUCUUCGUGGUCAACAGCAACAGCAACACGAGCACCGCUUAUGUGGGUACCUUUGCCAGGACCAAGGAAGAAGCUAAGCAGAAGACAGUGGAGCUAAAAGAUGGGAAAGUUACGGAUGUAUUUGUUAAAAGGAAGGGAGCAAAGUUUCUACGGUUUGCUCCAGUCUCUUCUCACCAGAAAGUGACCUUCUUUAUUCACUCUUGUCUGGACACGGUCCAAAUCCAAGUGAGAAGAGAUGGGAAACUCCUUCUGUCUCAGAAUGUGGAAGGCAUUCGUCAGUUUCAGCUGAGGGGAAAACCUAAAGCAAAAUAUGUCAUUCGACUGAAGGGAAACAAGAAAGGAGCAUCUGUGUUGAAAAUACUGGCCACCACAAGGUCCGGCAAGCAGGCGUUUCCCUCCCUUCCUGAGGACACACGCAUCAAAGCCUUUGACAAGCUCCGUACCUGUUCUUCAGCCACUGUGGCUUGGCUAGGCACCCAGGAAAGGAAUAAAUUUUGCAUCUACAAAAAAGAAGUGGAUGAGAGCUACAAUGAAGACCAGAAGAAAAGAGAGCAAAACCAAUGCCUAGGACCCGAGACCAGGAAGAAAUCAGAAAAGGUUCUCUGUAAAUAUUUCCACAGUCAAAACCUGCAGAAAGCAGUGACCACAGAAACAAUUAGAGGUCUUCAGCCUGGCAGAUCUUACUUGCUGGAUGUUUAUGUCAUAGGACAUGGGGGGCACUCUGUGAAGUACCAGGGCAAGGUUGUGAAAACCAGGAAGUUCUGUUAGUCACCUGAUUAUAGAGAUAUAUUAUGUAGAACUCCAGGAGGGACAUUAAAUCACGUGAAGUAUAAACUGACUACUCCCACAGCUGAGAGAAGUUGUGACCUGUACUUGUACUGUGGAAGGAAGGAUACCAGCAUGUGUGUAGUGAUGUUUAUAGAAGUAACCGUUGGAGGAGGCUUGUUCUAAUGUGCCCUGUGGUACCUAGUGUGCGUCUGAUGCCAGCUGGUGUCAAAGAGGACUUCUUGAAAAAACUGCCAACCCUUGCUUUGACCACUUGCAUGAACUGCUUCUAAAUUAUUUUAUUACCUAAAAGUUUAAAAUAUGCCAUUCAUUGCACACAUCCAUAAAUGCAAAUCAUUCCUCUCUAUAGAUGCUAGAAUAUAUAUAAAUUAUUUUAUAAAGUCUUGUUUUAAAUGUCGUUUCUAUGAUUGUAAACUAUUAAAUUCUUUUCCUGUUAAAGCACAGAUCUAACCUAAGUAUUAUUAAGUGGACAGACCUUUAGUCAUCUUAUAUUGCUAUUGUAAAUUCUUAUUUGUUGAGUAAAAUGUUUAAAUACUGUAUGUAUCUCAUGUACAAAGUUGACAUACAUUAUAUUCAUGUACAUAAAAUUAAAGAUAUUAGAUUAUAUACUGUUCAUUUUCCCAAGCA